CUUCAGCAGCGCAUCCCWGGGGAGGACGCCGCUUGCAAGAGGAGAGAGCCCCUUCUCCCAGGAUGAACGCGGACAUGGAUGCUCUUGAAGCGGAGAAUCAGGUGGAGUUAGAAGAGAAAACACGGCUCAUUAACCAAGUUUUGGAACUGCAGCACACACUUGAAGAUCUGUCAGCACGAGUAGAUGCUGUCAAGGAAGAAAACUUGAAACUGAAAUCAGAAAACCAAGUUCUUGGACAGUAUAUAGAAAAUCUGAUGUCAGCAUCUAGCGUUUUCCAAACAACUGACACAAAAAGCAAAAGGAAGUAAGGGUUGAUUCACAAYGUCAUUGUAUUGCUGCUGUCAUUUUUGUUUUAAUUGGCAUAGGCUACAUGAGCUAAAUACCUUAGUUUGUGGCUUUACUGGAAACCUGAAGACUGCAAGCUUCAGUGGUAAAACAGAAUUAAGAGCUUAUCAUGAACAGGAGACAAGUCUCUGUAUUGUUAAGAUUAAGCAGUGUGCAAGUGUAGUGUAGAAACUAGGCUUUCAUAUUUGUUUUUAAAAAUGAGCAUAUCUUGUUAAACUGGAUUCAGUUUGUCAGAUUACACAAAUGUGUCUGUUGGUUACUUUUGAGGAUUUAGGGUAGUGUUCUUGCCUAGGAAAAUAAUACAAUUAUAAAAUGGAAAUGUUGAAACCUUAUUUAUUAUAAAUAUUUUAAGUCUAAUUGCAUCACCUUUUUCACUACAAAUAUACUUAGAUUGCUGCAUGGUACUAUCUGUAUCUCUGCAAAGCAAUUCUAAAACUAGUUCGUAGUUUCUGUGAAGUAAUAGCAGUAUAACAUUCCUUGCAGGGCUUGCAGAUGUGAUCAUUUCUUUUGAUACAGAAAAGGAAUUAAGAUUGUGUGUAGGGGAGGAAGAGGGGAGGAUGGAUCAGGGAAAUACUGAAUUGAUGCAGUAUCAGACUGUUGAUAAGAUGCACACUUCAAACCACCUUCACUCUCCUGCUUCCUCAAAGCAGGUUCAGGCACUGCAUCAUGGUGUAGGUUUUCAGCUGUGUGAUGAAGAGUUACAAAUACACCAGGUAAUAAGCUUGACAGAAGCAAAAAGGCAGCAGUGUUCCUCAUGCUCAUUCUGAAAACGCUGCAGUGAGGAACCAAGAGCAAAGCCUUCCUUGCCACCUUUUACCUUCCUCCUGAAGUGCCAAAGCCAUCCUUGCUUCAGGCCUUAGAGCAGCAGUUUCCCUGCUACAAAGGCUCAGCUUGCRGAGAGCCUCUGGAGAUGUAGCCCGAGCCCGUCCAAGGCAGGAGAGGUGGCGCUGCCUCCGAGCUGCUCCAAGUGGUGCCUCGUGUCCCCGUGYCCUGCCUUAGGCUGGCUAGGGUGUCUGAGCGCCAGCUUUGGAGGAGCGCUCAGGGGCCUCGGUGCUUCCCAGAGGGAGGACACAUCUGGCAUGAUCAGUAUUAAGAAAAAAAGCAAGAGCUGAAAUAGAAGCAACAGUGUAAGUUUCAUCAUGACUCAGUUACAUCCAAUUCAUCUGGCCAAUAGCAGCUUACUGGACUUGCCUAGGGACACUGGCCAAAACUCAGGCCUGUCUGUUAGGUAAUAAAGCCAUUUAACUUUGCCUGUUAACAAAAGGAAACAGGAGUUCAAGGCUGUCUCAUCUUUGUUUUUCAGAAUCUAGCAGAGCAAGCAAGGCCGCAGGAACCGCAUGAGCAAGUGGCUAGGCARUGGCAGAUAUGGGCCAUCUCAAGGUGCGAGUUUCUCAGCAGCUGAGCACUGCUCUUCCCAGCUACAAGCAGAGCUUGUGCUGUUCCCUUCCCUGAGAGAGGCCUCCCAUUUGUCCCUAUUUAAACUAGCUGUAUAAUGCUCAUUACUGGAGCAUCCCCAUCGAGUUACUGCACACACAGCACUAAACGGGUAGUCGAGACAAGAAACUCGCUUGCAACUUCUUUUUGAGUAGUGUUGGGAAAUUCACUCAACAGCUGUAGACUGUUCUCUUUUACUGCCUAGAUUACAUCCAAGAAUUGCUAUCAGGUAGAAUUAGUCACCUGGCUAAUAGCCUGCUUGGUGUCUCAAGGGUUUGAGGAUUAAAAAAAAUAAACAAAAGCUUCAAGCACUUAGAAAAAUUUCCAUUUCAUUAUAGCCAUCCUAGCGUAAAAGCCAUGUCGGUACACAUUUUCAUCUGCACUGUAAGAGAUGCCUACCAAUGUCAAGUGGUAACAGAGCAU